ACAAAAAAUAUCAAAAAGUGCCAUCUUCCUGAUAACUUUGGUAACUUUAGUUUCUUGACGACGUACACCGCGCGGUUUGUCCUCCGGUCAAUUUUCAUCAGUUUCAGUUUCGUGCAUCCAACAUGGCUGGUUGUGGAGAUCAUGAAGAUCCUAGAGAUUAUUUAGGCGGUGGAAGCCGUGGUGGUAGCAGAAAACCAUUGCCCACUGAACCACCGUAUACUGCCUACGUUGGCAAUUUACCGGAUGGUAUUAUCCAAAGAGAUAUCGAUAGAAUAUUUGAUCAUCAUCGUGUUAAGAAUGUACGAUUGGUCAAAGAUCGAGAAACUGAUAGAUUCAAAGGAUUUUGCUAUGUCGAAUUUGAAGAUCUUAAAGGUUUGAUAGAAGCUCUUAAACUUGAUGGACGUGUAGAAGUUGAAUCAAAUAUUGUAAAAAUUGAUGUAGCUGAAGGAAAAAGAAAUGAUAGAGGUGGAGGAUUUGAUAGAAGACGAGGCGGUGGAAGUUCAGCUGGUUCUGGAGGUGGAGGGUUUGGAUACAAUGACCGUAAACCGCAGGGAAAUAGUGGUCCAGGUAGUAGACAAGGCCCUGGCGGAUAUGGUAAUGAUGUAAGAGGUAAUCGAGGUAAUUAUGGUAAUUUCCAUGAAGAUGGCCCUGGACGAGAUUGGUCUUCUCGUGGCGGUAUUGGUGGUGGUAGCUCUAGUGGUGGUCCUCCUAGAUCAAAUUACGGAGCUGCAAGUGGUCCACGACGAGGAGGGUUGACCGGCAAUGACCGUAGCAAAUCUUUUCAGGAUGAUCCAUAUCUCAAAGGACCACCUCCAGACACGACUGGAAGAAAGAAACUGGUUUUACAGAAAAGAUCAGUUCCUGAUCCUGUAAAUGCAUUAGCUGAAUCAAGCAAAGGCAGCUCGAUUUAUGGAGGAGCAAAACCUCGUGAUGAAAAAGUAGAUGGAAGUGAAAAAUAAAUUUCACUCGCAUUCAUAAUGAUGAAAUUUCUCGCAAAAUAUGAGAAAUAAAUUUUCAUAGAAUAAGAAUAAAACAGAAACACCAUUUAUACUACAGUUACACAGGAUUAAAAAGAAACGAUGAUAAAUUUAAAAAACAGCAAUUAAAAAAACUAGCGGUGCUCUUGCAGUUUUUGAAAAUAAUAAUUGGAAGAAGUUUUCCUAUUAAUCAUGAACUGCAAUGCCAUACAAUAAUUUUUAUUUCUUUAACCUAUCAUGGGGUGUCUUCCUUAAGGGAAAGUAAAUACAUAAGAAGGAAAAAAAAUAAUUAAUAAUUCUGUCUUUAAAAACUUUCAUGUAAGUUGCAAUUAUGAGUAAUAUAAUUUUUCUAUUUCUGAUGCUCCUUUGUCUGAAUAUCGUUGAAAUAUUGAAAAUAACACUUUGAUUUAUAAGGAAAUAAUGAUUUUAAAAAAAAAUUUGAAAAUCUGUUUCGUAAAUUAUGUAAGAAGUGAAUGUAUAAUGAAUGUUUGAAAUACAAAUAAUAUUUAUGUGAAGCAAAAAUUAUUACGUAGAAUGUAAGCGUCCGUUCAUAAAUAUAUAUAAAGUGAAUUAAUAAAUAAUCAUUUAUGUACAAAUCAAUCGUUAAAAUCACAUGCACGUUUAUUGAAAAUUGAUUAAACGCAUGGUUUUCGUAAUUGUCUCUUACAAGUCAUUAAUUUGUGAUUUUUUCGUUUGUCAAUAAUUUUUAUUUCAUAAUUAAAAUAAUAAAGUGAAAAAAAAAAAAUAAAAAACUAGGUCUUUAUUACUGUUUUAAUGAUUAGGAGUUAUGAAAAUUAAUUAAAAGGAACAUUUAAUUAAAUAUGAUAUUAUCAUCAUGAAUAAUAUUUCUAGUGAGUACUUGAUUGCACGGCAUUUAUAAUUAUGAUUAUACAUAAUAAAUAAUUAAAUAAUCAAAUAUUUUAGUUGUUUUCAUUUUAUUGACACAAACAAUGUUAAGAAUUGAUAAAAAACGAGUAAGGAAGAGAAGAAUAAUUAAAUUAAAAAAAAAAAAUUACUGAUUAUGAUAAAAAUAUAAUUAUGACAUCACUGACUUUAUUUAUAACUAUGCUUUAUAAUGAUUAAAAUUGAAUUAUUUUAAUAGGUGUUUGCCUCAUGUGUGAAAUGUAUAAAAAAAUCAAGCCAAUGUAAUUUCAAUUGUAAAUGUCACAACAUGAAUGUAUUUUGUAAUUCAGCCUCUUAAUAUAUAGGUAUUCUAUCAAAAAUUA